AUGCUGAGUGCGCUGUGGGGCGACAAGGGCGAGGCUGAGGGCGCGGAGGGCCAUGAGGAUGCGCGGCAAAGCGAGGACAGCUCGGGCGGGCGCGGCGCGGCGGCGAGCGCCGCGGGGGACGGCGGGUGGAGCACGCAGAUGUGGUCGUUCGCCCAAACCGCGCUCACCUCCAUCCAGGACCAGGCCGAGGAGGUCGUGCGCACCGUGCGCGAAGUGGACUGGGCGAAGGAGCUCUCCGACUUCCAGUCCGGCGCGCAGGCCGAGGGCGAGCUCCUCCACACCCACGCCAAGGACGCCGUGCAACACGCGCCGGAGAAGGCGCGCGCGCUCAUCUCGAACGUCCGGCGCGCCGUGCCGAAGGACCUCGAAGAAGCCAAGCGACGCGCCGAGGAGGCGAUGAAGCACGCAACGGCCGCCGCGCCGCUCCUCGCCGAGCAGGGCAGGUCCGCCGCCGCCCUCUCCGCCUCCCGCCUCCAGGGCGCCGCCACGGGCCUCUCCGCGCUCUCCCAGGGGCUCCUCGGGCGCGCGGGCGGCUUCCUGGACCGUAUCAACCAGUACCUGGACGAAGCGGACGCUGACGACGACGACGACGCCGACCUCCCCGCGGACUCCCCCCUCCGGAAGCCCGCCGCCGCAGCGCAAGCGCUCUCGCCCGCCGAGGCCGCGGCGGCGGCGGAGCUCGAGCGCGUCGUGGCGGCGAUCCAGCGCGACAGCGGGACGUACUGCGACGAGCCGGAGGACGCGGAGGCGUUCGCGGCGUUCCUGGGGGAGUUCAGCCUCGAGGCGGCGCGGUCUGACAUUGACGCGCUGCUGCGCGGGAGCCGCUUCAUGGCGGAGCUGGAGUCGCGGAUCGUGCCGGCGAUCGUCGACUACGAUGCGUUCUGGACGCGGUACUUCUUCCGCGUCCGGUGCGCUGCGGACGAGAUCCGGGCGCGGUACGAUGAGGGGGGCAGUGAGGGCGGUGGGGAGCCCGGGGGCGACGCGACGGAUGCUUGCGCGGGUGAGAGUGCCAGUGGAGGGGACGAGGGCGGCGCGGUGCGGAGCGGCGGCGCGGGGGACGCGGCAGCGGCGGCGGUGGCGACGCUGAGCGUGGCCGACGACCACGGAUGGGGCCAGGCGGACGACGGGUGGGACGGGUCGGACGACGACGCCGGCGGCGACGCGGCUGCCCCCGGUGGCGACGCGACAGCGCAGCAGAGCAAGGCGGAGGAGGGCUCCGCGGCCGCCGCGGAGGGGCCGUCGCCGCCUGCGAGCGGAGCGGGGUCUCCGUCGCAGGGCCGGCGGUGGCAGUCCGACGCCAUGGACUCGGCAAGCGGGGUGCGGGAUGCAACCGUUUCGGGCCCGAGCAGCAGCGGGGGCGGGUGGGUGAAUGUGUCGCACGGGCGCAGCAAGGGCGCGGACGCGGGCGCGGACGCGGACGCGCCGGCGGAGCGGGCGGAGAACGACGAGGACGACUGGGGUGAGGACGUGGCAGGUGCCGAGACUCCCCCCGGGGGGGAGUGUUCGGACGAGGGCAGCGACGUCGACGAGGACUGGGGCGAGCUGUGA